AUGUCUCUAUAUCCGACGUUCUAUCACGUGGGCCAGGCGACGGCCAGUGUCUACAGUGGUCUGCUCUCAGCGAUGGCAAUCUACAAUCUUCAAAAACAUAAAGACCAGACAGAGCAGGCGGCACAAUACUCGAAUAUAGCCGCCAACCAACUACACAAGACGCGAACAACACAGACAAGCGGAGCUUUGGCGACCUUGUCCUCCCUCGGGUCAGCUGUGUAUCUUGCAGCAACCCAGGAAUCCGAUUCCAAAACGACCAUGUUCCUGUUAAGCUCAGUGAAUUCGCUCUGUAUGGCGCUGGCGUAUAGACACCUAACAAACUUUUGGCACGGUAAGGCAAAGGUGCCUCUGAUGACUGACUACAACGACGGCAUUACGAUUUCCAACAGACUUCGAUAUUUCCUGAUUGGUUUGUCUGCAAGCUGGGCGCUCAUCGCAGUUGUUUAUCUCUGGGAAACCAACUCAGGGUAA